CUCGAACAUUGUUUGGUGAAGCAAGCAGCUGAGCUGGUUUUGUUCUUGUCGCCUUGGAUUGUGCAGCGAUUGGAGGAGGACUUGGUGCAGAGGAAUGGAGUACGAGUACGGAUGCUGCUUCCGUUGAUCUCAGAGCAAGAAAGGUCCGGCACUGGAGAUGAAAAAGCAAGGAGCCUUGUACUUCUUCUCACCGACAGCAGCACGAGCAGGGGACCUCCGGCGACAGCACACCAGCAGGUGACCUCCGGGCGGCUACACGAGCAAGGGACCAGUAGCAACUUGCAGAGCAGCAGGGGAAAGAGCUCGAGCUUGAGGUCCAGGACGAGCUUGAGGGAGCUCGAGGUCCAGGCGCGGCCGGAACUUGCGGUUGAGGCGCUCGAGACCCAGGCGCGCACAGGUCCUGGCCGGCGGCGGCACAGAUCCUGGGUGGCGGAGGGGAUAUUGGCCGCGCAGGCCUGGCGGCGGAGGCCCAGGUCCUGGGUGGCGGAGGAGCACGUCCUGCGUAGCGGCGGAGCAAGCAAUUGGGUGGUGCAGGUCCUGGGUGGCGGAGGACCACGUACUUGGCGGCGGCGGAGCAAGCAAUUGGGCGGCACAGGACCUAGGCGUCGGAGGAGCACAUCUUGGGCGGCGACGGAGCAAGAAAUUGGGCGGCGCAGGUCCUGGGCGGCGGAGGAGCAAGCCCUGGGCAGCGCCGGCGUAGGCCCCCGGCGGCGACUUGCCCUGGCGACGCGCACGGGUGACGGACAGAGGAAGAAUGAAGGAAAAGGCGACCUGUUUGUAACAGAUUUUAAGCUACGAUGGCGUUUUUGCAAAAUUCGCAGUACACUAAGUUGUGGACAACUUUUUCCGGACGGAGGGAGUAUACAAUAAAAGAAUGCAGCCACAACAGUUGAACA